AUGAAACAAUUAGAUAGAUAUUCAAUGAUGAUUGUUAUGAAAUAUUUUAAUAAUAUCAAUGACUUUUAUAAUGGAAUUAUUGUAUGUAAAAAACUUAAAGAAAUACCUUUAAUGUUUCAUUUUAAUCCAAUACUAUAUAAUAAACAAGUAGAUAAACUAUUUCCAAAUAUUCAAACACAAUAUGUAUUUUCAUAUUUUGAUGAAAUAAAAGAAAAUGUAGAAAAAAGAAUAGCAUGGUUUAGUUAUAGUUAUAGUAAUUAUUUAUUAAACCAAGAUAAUUUUAUUCAUUUUAAUAAAAUUGUUUUAUCAACAAGUACUCUUCUUAAAAAUGAAAUUUUACCAGAAGUUAUAACUGACCUUGCAGAUAAUUGCUUUCAAGGAACAAAUUUUAAUUCAAUUAUUCUUAGUAGUAGAAUAACGUCAAUAGGUAAUUCUUGUUUUUCUUCUUCUAAAAUAUUAUCAUUAUCAUUACCUCCUUAUCUUAGAGAAUUACCUUAUCGUUCUUUAUAUAAUUGUUUUUAUUUACAAUCAAUUGUAUUACCUCAAGAAUUGAUUUUUAUCAGAGAACAAUGUUUUACUUCUUGUUCUAGACUUACAUCUGUUAUUUUAUCUAAUUGGAUAACUUCUUUAGAAACAGAAACAUUUAGUCGAUGUUCUAGUCUCAUUGUUAUUUCUUUGCCUUCUAAACUUCAGAGAAUAGAAGAUUCAUGUUUUAGUUAUUGUACCUCUUUAAAAGAUUUAAUUCUUCCUUCAACAUUAACUCAUAUUGGUGCUUUCGCAUUUUCUCAUUGUUCUUCUCUUAAACAAAUUAAAUUACCACCUUUAUUAGAAGUUAUUAAAGAUUAUUCAUUUAGUUUUUGUUCUUCAUUAAGUCAACUUACCUUUCCAAUAAAUUUAAAAUAUAUUUCUCCUGGUUCUUUUUCUUGUUGUUACUCUCUUCAUAUUUUAAAUAUUCCAAAUUCACUUACUUUUAUUCAUCCAACUGCUUUCAAUUCUUGUUAUUCAAAAAUAUUAAAUAUUCCCUUUGAAAAAACUAAAAAACAUUCAAGAAAAACAAUGAACUUUCUUUGCAAUGCUAUUCAAUAA